AUGGCCGAAGUCAUGGACGCCUACUGGCAAGCGCCACCCUUAGCGAGAACCUUGGCUACCGCCGUCCUGGCCUCGUCGAUAGGCAUCUACAUGGGCUUCAUACCCUACACAUGGUUCUACUUCGAUUAUAGGCUGCUUUUGAAGCUACCGCCGCAGAUCUGGCGCCCCGUUUCGUCCUUCUUCCUGACGGGCCCGAAGCUGGGCAUCGUGUUCGACACAUAUUUUGGUAUGGAUCUUUGCGAUAUUGUCCGAACGACCUAUUGCUGA